AUGAUAGCAGAUCCUCUAAAAUCACACAAAUACAAAAGCACAGGUUAUAACAUCGAUGACGUGGAUGAGUCUAGAAACCUACGUGGCAGUCUAGGGAUGGACACUGACCUCGAAAAUCCAAGUUCAACAGAUAAGGCAGCAGAUAAAGGAAAUUGGUUUCGUAUGAUGGCUCUAAUGAGGGGCAUAUGCGCAAGCAAUCUACAUAGCAACUUGCCAUUGUUUAAGGGCCUAAAUGCUUUAAAAAGCUUUAAAUUCGAGUGUUCAGAGUACGCAAACUAUAACGAUGCCAUUGGUAGACUUGUGGAUAGGAAUGGCAUGAAGAAGACUUUAGUCACUGAAGCUUCCAUUAUUGAGACGUGA